GAGCUUUUUGCAGAAAUAAUUGGAAUGAAAUAAUUAAAUGGACGACGACGCUGAAACUACACAUUAUUAUCUGGAAUGCGAGGGCGGCGUGGAAGAAUGGCAUUGGAAUGCCAAGAGCACAAAACUUCUAGUCGAGUUGUACUCUGAGCGUCGUCACAGGUUUCGAGAUCCAAAGACUCGCAAACGCGCCCUAUGGACGGAAAUUGUGGAUGACAUGGAACGCGCCGGCUACAAAGGCAUUAAUGAGGAUAUAUGUGAUCGCAAAUGGCGGAACAUGAAGAAAACCUAUCGCACAUGCCGCGCAACACUACGAAAAAAUGGACGUAAACGCGUCGGCUGGGAAUAUUAUGAUACAUUUGACGACAUGUUCCAAAACGAAAAUCUACCCGCCACAGUGAAGACAGAGAGCGAUAGUUUCACAGAGGAGCCGCAGGAUAAUUUUUUGUCGGAUAUUUCCGCAUCUGUGGAAGCUGACACCUUGCGGACAGAGCCAGGCAUUAGUGCGGAUUUGUCAGUGACCCACGAGCAACAGCGACAACUGUUGGUUCUGGAACGCAGCAGAAUUGCCGCCAUUCGAGAGCUCAGCAAACGGAUUGAGGAAUCCAAUGUAAUACAAAGAGAACGCAACGAUCUGCUGAGAGAGUAUUUGUCUCAGUUAUAGGUGAUAAGAGCAGUGAACUUAAUUUAUAAAUAAUGUACAGGGUGUCAAGUAAUUGUUUUGUGUUAAAACAAGAAAUUAAAAGACUAAUUGGUUUAAACUAUUAUUUAUAAUAACACAAAAUUGUUCUUUAUCAAAAUAAAUUCUUGACACACUCUAUACUCGUAAUGCAUUAGAAAAUAAGUUUUUUUCUUUUGUGAACAGCGCGUAUAUUUAAAUGGAACAUAAAUAUAAUUUAAAUGUAAACUUGAUUUAGCACAAAAUGGAUGAUAAUACAUAAGAUAAAGACCUA